AGGACUACUACUACUACUGCUACUAACAGUCAGAGAGUUGUAAUAAGGAUGAGGGCAGUCAUCCCACUGCUGGUGCUGCUGUUCUCCAUGUGUGGAGCUCAGACUCAGAGCACCCAGACUGAAGUUCAGACAGAGAGCCAGAGCACUGGGGCUGCUGCUGCUGCUGCUGCAGUCAGUACCACGCUGGAUGUCUCUGCUGAGCUCAGGGAACUCAGAGACAUGGUAGUGGAACAGAGAGUGCUGCUGAGUGUCACCCAGAAAGAGCUACAGAACACCAAAUCCCUACUGUACAAAAUGGAGACUGAGAAUGAUGCUCAGAACACAGAGAUGGCCGUGCUAAAGACCAGACUGGCUGCUAGUGAAACUGAAGUGCUGAAUCUGAGGAAGGAAACUGCAUCACAGACAGUUUAUCUGAGUGAGAGACUGGCAGCCACUGAGACUGACAUGGAGCAGGUGAAGAAAGACACCACAGCACAACACACAGACCUGACCACUAUGCAACCCAAGGUGGCAUUCUCAGCAGGGCUGGGUUUAGUAGACAUACAGGCUGGGAAAACUGACUUGAACUUGGUCUUCACUAGAAUCAUCACCAAUGUAGGGCAGGCCUACAGUGACACAACAGGCUUCUUCACAGCUCCAGUCAGGGGAGUCUACUACUUCAGAUUCACGGUCAUGGAUUUACUAAACUCACACUGGAUGGCAAUCAUACUAUACAGGAAUGGAGAGCGGAUCAUGUUUCUAAAUGAGCAUGAUACAGAUGGACACGCCACUUAUCUGUCCAGUGGUGUGACUCUGCAGCUGGAGGUGGGAGAUACAGUUAACAUGGGACUCCCUGCAAGCCGCAGGCUCCUUAGUAGAGAAGAUAAUCACAGCACCUUCAGUGGCUUCCUGCUGUUUCCUCUCUGAAUGGAACAGACUGUUCAACCACUUAUGUUAAAUUAAUUGUUUCAUGAGCAUGACAAAAUAAAUAAUUUUAAAACA